CCCAAAAAUAGGGCGGUGCCUACAACAUUCGCAGCUAAGUUGGAAAAACCUGCACAUUGCCUUCUUUCAUCUGUUAUCCAUCUCCAACUCCAGAAGCCUGGCACCAACAAAAAAAAAAAAAGAAGGCCUUCAUCGCUACAAAUAACUCAAUCGCGGAAAGUCGAACUCAUUACCUUUUGCUGCCACUUCAAGAUGUCAACCAAGAAUCCAGUUUUACCCAUUAUUUUAGUUUUGCUGAUUUUUAAAUUUUUCUUUCCUCGACCUGGUGUUUGCAAAUUCAUAUUAGAGCCGGUCAGCUCCGGCUUCCCGAAAAUUGGGAUAAAAUUUGUCUAUUUUCAAGAAUUCAGCGUCAUUCUGAAAUUAGGGCAAGAUUCGGACCAACAUCUCGAUCGGCCACCACCCGGCCAUCACAUCAUCACGGAAGAGUAUAAUUGUAGAAGAACAGAAUCUAAUGCGUUGUUGCUGAAAUAUGGAUAGUAAAAAGGGGACAUGCUCGGUGGAACGGAUGCAAUUGAUAAUGGAAAACAAACAUAAUAUACGGAAUGUGUCGCUCGUUGGCCAUGUCAACCAUGGAAAGACCACAGUCAUAGACUCGAUGUUGGCUGCGGCUGGCAUCAUCCACGAGGACAUUGUCGGGAAUGUUCGCUCUACUGAUACCCGUGCGGACGAAAUUGAGUGUGGCCUCUCGAUAAAGUCCACAGCUAUAUCACUGUGUUAUAAUUUGAGCUCGAAAGUACUUAAUUGCUUCAAAGGCAAGCAGCAGGGUUCCGAGUUCCUUGUGAACCUGAUACUCUCCGGGACACCUGCCCUCCGCCUCACAGAUGGAGCACUAGUCGUGGUGGAUUGCUUAGAGGGUGUACGGGUGCAGACCAAGACCGUUAUCCGCCAGGCAGGCCCUACAGGAGUAGAUACGCAUUGUCCUUGUUAUAAACAAAUUGGACCGAGUUUUUUUUUUAUGAAUGGCAAGGAAGCCUAUCAGGUCAUGCACAGGAUCAAUAAGGUCAUUGAUCAGGUGAAUGCGGUCAUUGCCACAUACAGCAGCGCCCUCCUUGGAGACUGGCAGGUGUACCCCGAGGAGGGUACUGUCGUCUUUUCAAGCGGAAUAGAUGGAUGGGCAUUCAAUAUAAAAAGAUUUGCCCAAAUGUACGCGGCAAAGUACGAAGGUGACGUGUAUUUUGAUACUGUCACCAAGAAAUGGAGUAGUAGGACCACAGGAUCCUGUACAUGCCAAAGAGGUUUUGUGCUCCUAUGUUACAAUCAAAUAAAAGAGAUCAUGGGUCUGUGCCUAAAUGGUCAAAAAGAUAUUCUAUGGCCAAAGCUGGAGAAGGUUGGGAUCAACAUAAAUUUGGACGAAAAGGAGAAGCUGAUUGGUAAGUCUUUGUUGACGCGUGUGAUGCGGAAGUGGUGGCCGGCAAGUGAUGCCCUUUUGGAGGCGAUAAUAGUCCAUUUCCCAUCUCCUGCCAUUGCGCAGAAGUAUCGUGUGGAGAGUUUGUAUAGUGGUCCUCUGGAUGAUGUGUAUGCAAGUGCCAUUACGGGCUGCAACUCGGAUGGGCCACGAAGAUGA